AAGCCUAGGCCCCCACCCUUGACCCCAAUAAAAGCGGAACCCCAGACCCAAGAUCUCAGCCUCUCUCUCUACCCUCAGCGGUGCUGUGGGGCUCCAGGCGUGCUGUGUUCUUCCAGGUCCUAACCCUCAAGAUGAAGACCCUCCUGCUGCUGGCAGUGAUCAUGGCCUUUGCCCUUCUUCAGGUCCAUGCAUAUUUGUGGGAUUUCGCGGCAAUGAUCAAGCACACAACAGGAAAGGGAGCCGUGUCCAAUUAUGGUGCCUAUGGCUGCUACUGUGGACUGGGUGGCAAAGGAACCCCCAAGGACGCAACGGAUUGGUGCUGUUGGGAACAUGACUGCUGUUACAAAAAGCUAAAGUAUCAUGGAUGUGGCACCAAGUUCCUGGGAUACAAUGUGUCCAUCCGCCGGGGCCAAAUCAUCUGUGAGAAUCAAGGUGUGUGUAGACGUAUAGUCUGUGAAUGUGAUAAAAAAGCUGCCAGAUGUUUUGCAAGGAACCAGAACACCUAUAAUAAAAAGCUCCAAUACUACAAAAACUCUCGGUGCACAGGGAAUGCCCCAAGUGCUGAGAGGCCCCCAAUCCUGGACGCCUUACCACCCAGUGCUGAGCCUCCACUCUAGCACCCGACUCCCUGCCCUCGCCAUGUUCCCUUGCAAAUGAAGAAAACCCCCUCUUCCAUCCUAGAGACCAGCCGGGAGCCCUUCUCUCCCCCAACAGAAGCCUUCUAUCUAGAAAGAGAAGCGCAGAUCUGGGCAUGUAUGCCGAGCUCCUUGCCCCUGCUUCCUUGGACAGCCAGAGGUUUUGUUCCUCCCAUUUCCACUCUUCUUCAAGUCCAAAGUCAUGUUUAGCUGUGGCAGCUACACUCCUGGUGGGCUCUUCUGAAUAAAACAAUUUAUUUGGCAAACUG